AUGUCGCGCCUGUUCCUGCUCGCCCGCGAAGAUUCAGAGGGAGGAAGCGGCGGCGGUGGUGGCGGCGGCGUGAUGACGUUGCCUAUCCUCCUCGCCGUCGCCAUCGGGGGCGGCGUGCUCCUCUUCAUAUGCCUCGCCUACCUCCUCAUCGCCCUCGCCGGCCGUCGCCACCGCAGGGUAGCCCGCACCCGCUCCGCGACGCCGGGCGUCAGACUCGACCUCGAAUCGGAAGGCGGCUCGAUCCGCACGCCCAGCCCGCUGCCGCGCCCGCGCCGCCUGACGAAGCAGAAGCCCGGCGAGACGUACGCCGACAUGGCCGAGAUCCAGGGCAAGCCGUACCGCUCGCUCUCGUCCCUCAUGUUGCCGCGGGGCAAAACUUUCGGCGGCGGCCACGACGAGGACGCUGGCGGGUACCAGCGCGGCGGACACAUCCGGAGGAACAACAGCUGGAUCGACGAGGACGCCAUCCACGGGCCGCGGGUGCAGAACGACGGUAAGAGGCUGAGCAUCCGGGACAGCUUCAUUCUGCGCACGCCCACGCUGCCGGACCUGUUCGGCCAUCACGGGCACAAGGAGGACGGCGACUUCCGACACGACCACACCAACUACCCGCUCCAGCAACCCCGUCCCGUCAGCCUGCCUGCGCAGCGCAGCCACGCCCCGCGGAUGCCGUUGCCGCGGACGGCUUCGUACGAGCUCGCCGAGAAACUGGCCGCCGCCGCGAGAGGCGGCGUGCCCCCGAGCCCGCAGACCUUUCAGCAGGGGCCGCCGGGACCUCCGGGUCAGCGUCCGGUGCCGUUGCAGCGGCUGCGGCACAAGACGACCGAGUCGGACCUCGCCGAGAUCCUGCGGUCGACGGAAGAGAGGCUGCAGAACGGAACGCCCAGCAACAGCAGGCCGGCAACCCGGCAGCGGGCAGCGUCGGCGUCGGCGGGAUCGAGCAUCAAGACCCAGCAGGCGUCGCCAACCAAGUCGCAUUCACCAGCCAAGGCCCAGUCGUCCGUCAGGUCCCUCUCACCUGAGAAGAACCAGUCACCGGCCAGGUCGCAGUCUUCCCUGAAGAGCCAAAUGAUCACCCACGUCGGCCACGCGUUGGACGUGGAUGCCCAACGCGUUACGACCUCCCGCACGCCCAGUCCGUCUAAGCGUAUGGUCGCCGUCCCGAUGCUCGCGGCGACCCCGGCGCACCAACACAGGCGAAAUAUCUCGCAGUGUUCGGCCAACUCCGACGCAGACAGCUUGUUUGGCGAGACGACCCCCGAGGUCGAGCACACCCAGCCUACGGGGCUGUCGAGCCCGAGCAGGCGGUCGGACAGCAACUCCCCGACGAAGCCCACCGAGAACGGCGAGUCGGUAGAGUCGCCCGGCAGCGACGCCUCGUCGUCGUUGUCGACCCUGUACAGCGUCAACGAACCGGAGGACGACAGCAAGACGGGCGGCACGAGAAAGCCGGAGGGCAUCGUCCGCGGCCGGAAACCAAGGGGCCUCGUAAUCGACACGCAAAUAUCCGACCCGUUCGUGACAUCGGGACCGCCGGAAGUGCCCUUGAGGAGCCCGAAGCGCCAAUCGUCUAGUCUGCCGCCGCUACGACGCCUCACGCCGCCCGAGCAGGACGUGGUGAAGGAGACGAUCGUCUACGCGCCCUUCCACUCAAGGUCCGCCAGCAACUCGCCGGUGCCGAGGCCGCUGGACGUGGUGAAGCGCGGCAACGUCGCCGCCGGCCAGAGCCAGCCGCAUGACGCGCUCACGAUGUACCCGUCCGACAUGGCCCCGUCUCCCGAGACUGUCCAGCCCAAGAGCGUCACGUCAAUGAAGCCAGUGUUCCUCGUCUCAAGCACGAGCGUCGGCAGCAUGCAGGCCACCCCGGGCACGUCUCCCGAGGACAACUGCCGACCGCCGAAGCCCGGCAACAACAACAACAACAACAACAACAACAACAACAACAACAACAACAACAACAACAACAACAACAACAACAACAACAGGCUGACUUUCGGCCAGAAGGGCACCGUCCUGCCGCCGCCUCUGGACUUGAGGCCAGGCCAGGGGUCGCCGAACCGCGAAGCCGUGGUGAUGGGCAGUCCGGAAUCGCUACUGCGCGGCCGCACCCCUCCGACAACACGCAGCGGUUCGGGAUCCCGUACGCCGACCUCGCCGACACGGAGGCCUUUGCCCAGCCCCGACCUCUCGACCGGGUCUCCCACGCCCCGGCGACACAAGAGACGCGGCCUGGCCAGUCCGAUCCGAGACCGCGCGCUUUCCCGACAGCCGCAGAUCAAGGAAAAUCGCGUGCUCUCCAGCUCCGAAUACCCCUCUAUCGUGCUGAAGCCGGCCGCCUCGCCUAAGCGGAACUCGUCUCACCGGGACUUCGCCGUCAUGGGGCUCCAGUCGACCGUAGCGCAGCUCCGACGGAUGAACAGUCAGAUGAGCACCUUUAGCGCCGGCUCCUCUGUGUCGGACCCGGAGAGCCCGACGCUACCGAACCUGCGCGGUGGCGGCUUCAGCCCGGACAGGAGCAACAGCCGCGUGAGCAAGAUGGGCCGUCAGAACUACCUCUCCCUGGGCGCGAGUCCGAAGUCGAGGAGGAGCACGCGCUUGUCCAUCCGGUCGGCCAGGAACUCCAUCGCCGUACUCAAGGGGCGACCGGGGGCGAACAAGCACCUCGAUUCGCUGCGGGUAGCGGUCGAGGAGAAGGAGGCGGAGGCGAGAGAGGGCUCGCUGAUCAGGGGGCCACGACCUCUCAUCCUGACACCCAGGAGGGCCGGGAGAGGAUCACCGGGGCAGACGGACGCGGCGACAGACAGUCCCACGCGGCGGAGAACGGCCCAUAUCGACGGGGGGGACCAAAAGCACUUGGAGAAGGCCAGCAAACGCAACGGUGUUUAUGACAGCACGGCCGUGUUGGACAUGUAUCCCAAAGACGCUCGUCUACUGAGCUCUCCGAAGAGUUCUGCGGCUGCUGGAACCAAGAGGCGCAGCCCAAGCACGAGGAUUUGA